UUUUCUUGCAGCAGAUUGUGUUUUGUGUUUAAUAGACUUCAAUGGACCUGCACCCAAAACGCAAGUGCUGUGUUUUUGAUGCAUUUUGCAUUGUUUUUUUUUCUUUUGCUAAUAGGAAAGUAUGACAGUUCUGUUCAUGUAUUGCGAUAAGAGGCGGACUGACCAUUUGGAAACUCAGGCACUGCCCGAGGGCCCGGGGGUCAGUAGGGGGCCCCAUGAGAUGCCCCUGGUACCUUUCAUAGGCUUUUUUGGCUGUGAUUUGAGUGUGGGCAAGGACACAGGGGCCCCAUGAUCCCCUAUUGCCCGGGGGCCCCAUGAGUUGUCAGUCCGCCCCUG